UUUUCCAUUCCAUCAACUCUCUCUUGAUGAAUAUCACAGGACCCCAUCAACAUCCACUCCCACAUCUCUCUACCCCAUGCAUGAAACCAUUCAAUUGAGCAUCAUUGCCUCUGCAAAAAGAAACUGAACUACCCAUAACAUAACCCCCACCUCCAAGAACACCCAUUCUCUCUCUCUCUCUCUCUCUCUCUCUCUCUCCCCCUUCCCAUGAUGUCCGCGAAUAAUAUUCAGGGAAAGCAAGCCACCAGAGAAGAAAACCAAGGCUCCUGUAACCGGAAAACAACAGCAACAAGGCCACAAGAGCAGGCGUCCAAGUGUCCAAGAUGCGACUCGCCCAACACAAAAUUCUGCUACUACAACAAUUAUAGUCUAACACAGCCCAGGCAUUUUUGCAAGAAUUGUAGAAGGUACUGGACUAAAGGAGGAGCCCUACGCAACGUUCCCAUCGGCGGUGGCUGCAGGAAAAAUAAGAAGGUGAAGGCAUCUUCAAGGUUUUCUUGUGACUCCAAGGACUCCAGCGGGUCCUCAGAGAUCGGUAGAUUCAAGUUCUUUCAUGGUCUCGCUCCAGCCAUGGAUUUUAAUCUUGGUGGGUUAUCAUUUCCUAGGCUAAACCCAUCACCGAGUGGCCUGUAUAAUCAGUUCUCUUCAUUUGGGGAUAUUUCUGCCACCUCCGCAGCUGCUAUUAGUGUUACCAGUCCAUGUUUCAGCCUUGAUCCGACUGGAAGCUCAGCUGGUUCAUUGGUGGGAUUCAACUAUCCAAUUUCUUCUCUUGCAACUGGGUUUAGCGGUGCAAUUCAGGAUAUGGCUGGUGGUUCGAUGAAUGUUCACACUGGUCUUGCAUCGUCAAUUGAGUCUUUGAGUUCUAUAAACCAAGAUUUGCACUGGAAGUUGCAGCAGCAGAGAUUGGCUAUGCUUUUGGGGGGAGAAGAUCAGAAAGACAGCAGUGUUUCUUCAGUUCCAAUCCAAAGCCAGACACAGAAGCCUCAACCCAUUUUGUUUCAAAAUCUUGAAAUUUCAAAACCAGAAGUAAGUGGUAUUGGCAAUUUAAGAAGAGAAGGUGGAAAUGGGGGUGAUUCAGCAACAGACUGGUUCUUUAGAAAUUCUUUCGGGCAAGUGACUCCAACCCCAGACUACGGUAGCGGCAAUGGCAGCAACAACGCAGCAGCUGGAAACUGGAAUGGGAUUCAAGCGUGGGGUGAUUUGCAUCAAUGUAAUGGUUUGCCCUAGACCAGAAUCAUCACCAUGAGGUAGACCCUUUAAUGAAAAGGGAAAAAAUUUAUAGAGAAAUGAAAAUAUUAUCUAAACCCAUUUUAGGUAUAUGUUUAUUGUUCUUAAUGGCUUUUGUUGGGUGCAGAUCAACUUGUAAAAGUUAAGAAAAAGGAAAAAGUAAUUUUUUGUUUUUGUAUUUUGUUUUAGAAAGAUGUUGAACACUUAAAUAGCUCUAGUGUUUGUUGUUGCCAUUGUUGGUGCAGAUGACGAUCCUAUAUAUAUAGUCCGUUAUUUAUGCAUUAAGUUUGCAUAUUACGAUAAAGAUACAGGACUAUUGCUGUUUAUGGUAGCAAGAAAAAGCUAGCAAGCUAGUUCCAGAUGAAAAUGAAAAGAAAUGGAUAUAGUAGCUUUGUCUCUACACAUCUCUCUCUGAA